AUGGGUCCUCACAGUGGUUCAUGCUUUUAUCAUUCCUCAGCAGCUCACACAUCAGACCCUGAAAAUCUGAUCCGCAUAGCAUGCUCAAGUGAACAGAGCACGCUCACAAGAACAGAGCAUGCUCAAGUGAACAGAGCGCGCUCACAGGAACAGAGCACACUCACACCAAGUCUGGUCCAGUACGGUCCUGCUCAGUACGGUCUGGUCCAAUACGGCCUGGUCCUGUUCCAUUGGGCUCAGUACUGUCUGGUCCAGUACGGUCUUGUCCAGUACGGUCUGGUCCUGUACGGUCUGGUCCUGUACCAUUCAGCCCAGUACAGUCUGGUUUAGUACGGUCGUGUCCUGUACGGUCUGGUUCAGUACGGUCUUGUCCCGUAUGGUCUUGUCCAGUACGGUCUGGUCCUGUACCAUCCGGCCCGGUACGGUCUGGUCCAGUACGGUCUGGUUCUGUACCAUCCGGCUCAGUAUGGUCUGGUCCAGUAGGGUCUGGUCCAGUAUUCUCUGGUCCUGUACGGUCUGGUCCAUUAUUCUCUGGUUCAGUACGGUCUGGUCCAGUACGGUCUGGUCCAGUACAGUCUGGUUCAGAACAGUCUGGUUCAGUACGGUCCGGCUCAGUACGGUCUGGUCCACUAUGGCCUGGUCCUGUACGGUCUGGUUCAGUACGGUCUGGUCCAGUACGGUCUUGUCCAGUAUGGUCUGGUCCAGUACGGUCUGGUUCAGUACAGUCUGGUCCAGUACUGUCCGACUCAGUACAGUCUGGUCCAGUACGAUCUGGUCCAGUACGGUCUGUCAGGCCAGUAUCAUCCGGCUCAGUACAGUCUGGUCCAGUACGGUCUGGUCCAGUACCUUCCGGCUCAGUAUGCAUUGGUCCACUAUGGUCUGGUCCUGUACCAUCUGGUCCAGUACGGUCUGAUCCUGUACCCUCCGGCUCAGUACGAUCUGGUACAGUACGGUCUGGUCCAGCACGGUCUGGUCCAGUACUGUCUGGUUCAGUAUGGUCUGGUCCAGUAUGGGCUGGUUCAGUAUGGACUGGCUCAGUACGGUCUUGUCCACUACAGUCUGGUCCAGUACCUUCCGGCUCAGUAUGGUCUGGUCCACUACGGUCUGGUCCAGUACGGUCUGUUCCAGUAUGGUCUGGUUCAGUACGGUCUGGUCCACUACGGUCUGGUCCUGUACCAUCCGGCUCAGUAUGGUCUGGUCCAGUACGGUCUGGUCCAGUACGGUCUGUUCCAGUAUGGUCUGGUUCAGUGCGCAAUGGUCCAGUACGGUCUGGUUCAGUAUGGUCUGGUUCAGUCCGGUCUGGUCCAGUACGGUCUGGUCCAGUACGGUCUGGUUCAGUACGGUCUGGUCCAGUACGGUCUGGUCCAGUACAGUCUGGUCCAGUAUGGUCUGGUUCAGUAUGGUCUGGUCCAGUACGGUCUGGUUCAGUACGGUCUGGUCCAGUACAGUCUGGUCCAGUACCAUCCGGCUCAGUAUGGUCUGGUCCAGUACGGUCUGGUCCAGUACAGUCCGACUCAGUAUGGUCUGGUCCAGUAUGGUCUGGUCCAGUAUGGUCUGGUUCAUUACAGUCUGGUUCAGUACAGUCUGGUCCAGUACGGUCUGGUCCAGUACGGUCUGGUUCAGUACGGUCUGGUCCAGUAUGGUCUGGUUCAGUACAGUCUGGUCCUGUACUGUCUGGUCCUGUACCAUUCGGCCCAGUACAGUCUGGUUCAGUACGGUCUGGUCCUGUACGAUCUGGCUCAGUACGGUCUGGUCCAGUAUGGUCCGUUUCAGUACCGUCUGGUCCAGCACAGUCUGGUCCUGUACCAUCCGGCCCGGUACGGUCUGUACCGUCUGGUCCUGUACGGUCUGGUCCAGUACUGUCUGGUUCAGUAUGGUCUGGUCCAGUAUGGGCUGGUUCAGUAUGGACUGGCUCAGUACGGUCUUGUCCACUACAGUCUGGUCCAGUACCUUCCGGCUCAGUAUGGUCUGGUCCACUACGGUCUGGUCCAGUACGGUCUGUUCCAGUAUGGUCUGGUUCAGUACGGUCUGGUCCACUACGGUCUGGUCCUGUACCAUCCGGCUCAGUAUGGUCUGGUCCAGUACGGUCUGGUCCAGUACGGUCUGUUCCAGUAUGGUCUGGUUCAGUGCGCAAUGGUCCAGUACGGUCUGGUUCAGUAUGGUCUGGUUCAGUCCGGUCUGGUCCAGUACGGUCUGGUCCAGUACGGUCUGGUUCAGUACGGUCUGGUCCAGUACGGUCUGGUCCAGUACAGUCUGGUCCAGUAUGGUCUGGUUCAGUAUGGUCUGGUCCAGUACGGUCUGGUUCAGUACGGUCUGGUCCAGUACAGUCUGGUCCAGUACCAUCCGGCUCAGUAUGGUCUGGUCCAGUACGGUCUGGUCCAGUACAGUCCGACUCAGUAUGGUCUGGUCCAGUAUGGUCUGGUCCAGUAUGGUCUGUAUGGUCUGGUUCAGUACAGUCUGGUCCUGUACUGUCUGGUCCUGUACCAUUCGGCCCAGUACAGUCUGGUUCAGUACGGUCUGGUCCUGUACGAUCUGGCUCAGUACGGUCUGGUCCAGUACGGUCUGGUCCUGUACCAUCCGGCCCGGUAUGGUCUGGUCCAGUAUGGUCCGUUUCAGUACCGUCUGGUCCAGCACAGUCUGGUCCUGUACCAUCCGGCCCGGUACGGUCUGUACCGUCUGGUCCUGUACGGUCUGGUCCAGUACCUUCCGGCUCAGUACGCAUUGGUCCACUAUGGUCUGGUCCUGUACCAUCUGGCUCAGUACGAUCUCGUACAGUACGGUCUGGUCCAGUACGGUCUGGUCCAGUACUGUCUGGUUCAGUACGGUCUUGUCCAGUACGGUCUGGUCCAGUACAGUCUGGUUCAGUACAGUCUGGUCCAGUACUGUCCGAAUCAGUAUGGUCUGGUCCACUACGGUCUGGUCCAGUGCCUUCCGGCUCAGUACUCAUUGGUCCACUAUGGUCUGGUCCUGUACCAUCUGGUCCAGUACGGUCUGAUCCUGUACCCUCCGGCUCAGUACGAUCUGGUACAGUACGGUCUGGUCCAGCACGGUCUGGUCCAGUACUGUCUGGUUCAGUAUGGUCUGGUCCAGUAUGGGCUGGUUCAGUAUGGACUGGCUCAGUACGGUCUUGUCCACUACAGUCUGGUCCAGUACCUUCCGGCUCAGUAUGGUCUGGUCCACUAUGGUCUGGUCCAGUACGGUCUGUUCCAGUAUGGUCUGGUUCAGUACGGUCUGGUCCACUACGGUCUGGUCCUGUACCAUCCGGCUCAGUAUGGUCUGGUCCAGUACGGUCUUGUCCAGUACGGUCUGUUCCAGUAUGGUCUGGUUCAGUGCGCAUUGGUCCAGUACGGUCUGGUUCAGUAUGGUCUGGUUCAGUCCGGUCUGGUCCAGUACGGUCUGGUCCAGUACGGUCUGGUUCAGUACGGUCUGGUCCAGUACGGUCUGGUCCAGUACAGUCUGGUCCAGUAUGGUCUGGUUCAGUAUGGUCUGGUCCAGUACAGUCUGGUUCAGUACGGUCUGGUCCAGUACAGUCUGGUCCAGUACCAUCCGGCUCAGUAUGGUCUGGUCCAGUACGGUCUGGUCCAGUACAGUCCGACUCAGUAUGGUCUGGUCCAGUAUGGUCUGGUCCAGUAUGGUCUGGUUCAUUACAGUCUGGUUCAGUACAGUCUGGUCCAGUACGGUCUGGUCCAGUACGGUCUGGUUCAGUACGGUCUGGUCCAGUAUGGUCUGGUUCAGUACAGUCUGUACGGUCUGGUCCAGUACGGUCUGGUCCUGUACGAUCUGGCUCAGUACGGUCUGGUCCAGUACGGUCUGGUCCAGUAUGGUCCGUUUCAGUAUGGUCUGGUCCAGCACAGUCUGGUCCUGUACCAUCCGGCCCGGUACGGUCUGUACCGUCUGGUCCUGUACGGUCUGGUCCAGUACCUUCCGGCUCAGUACGCAUUGGUCCACUAUGGUCUGGUCCUGUACCAUCUGGCUCAGUACGAUCUCGUACAGUACGGUCUGGUCCAGUACGGUCUGGUCCAGUACGGUCUGGUCCAGUACUGUCUGGUUCAGUACGGUCUUGUCCAGUACGGUCUGGUCCAGUACAGUCUGGUUCAGUACAGUCUGGUCCAGUACUGUCCGAAUCAGUAUGGUCUGGUCCACUACGGUCUGGUCCAGUGCCUUCCGGCUCAGUACUCAUUGGUCCACUAUGGUCUGGUCCUGUACCAUCUGGUCCAGUACGGUCUGAUCCUGUACCCUCCGGCUCAGUACGAUCUGGUACAGUACGGUCUGGUCCAGCACGGUCUGGUCCAGUACUGUCUGGUUCAGUAUGGUCUGGUCCAGUAUGGUCUGGUUCAGUAUGGACCGGCUCUGUACGGUCUUGUCCACUACAGUCUGGUCCAGUACCUUCCGGCUCAGUAUGGUCUGGUCCACUACGGUCUGGUCCUGUACCAUCCGGCUCAGUAUGGUCUGGUCCAGUACGGUCUGGUCCAGUACGGUCUGUUCCAGUAUGGUCUGGUUCAGAACGGUCUGGUCCAGUACGGUCUGGUCCAGUAUGGUCUGGUCCAGUACGGUCUGGUCCAGUACGGUCUGGUCCAGUAUGGUCUGGUCCAGUACAGUCCGGCUCAGUACAGUCCGGCUCAGUACGGUCUGGUCCAGUACCAUCCGGCUCAGUAUGGUCUGGUCCAGUACGGUCUGGUCCAGUAUGGUCUGGUUCAGUAUGGUCUGGUUCAGUACGGUCUGGUCCAGUACGGUCUGGUCCAGUACGGUCUGGUUCAGUAUGGUCUGGUCCAGUACGGUCUGGUCCAGUACAGUCUGGUCCAGUAUGGUCUGGUUCAGUAUGGUCUGGUCCAGUACAAUCUGGUACAGUACGGUCUGGUCCAGUACGGUCUGGUCCAGUACGGUCUGGUUCAGUAUGGUCUGGUGCAGGAUGGUCUGGUUCAGUACGGUCUGGUCCAGUACGAUCUGGUUCAGUACGGUCUGGUCCUGUACAAUCUGGUACAGUACGGUCUGGUCCAGUACGGUCUGGUCCAGUACGGUCUGGUUCAGUAUGGUCUGGUGCAGGAUGGUCUGGUUCAGUACGGUCUGGUCCAGUACGAUCUGGUUCAGUAUGGUCUGGUCCAGUACAAUCUGGGUCUGUUUCAGUAUGGUCUGGUUCAGUACGGUCUGGUUCAGUACGGUCUGGUUCAGUCUGGUCUGGUCCAGUACGGUCUGGUCCAGUACGGUCUGGUUCUGUAUGGUCUGGUGCAGGAUGGUCUGGUUCAGUACGGUCUGGUCCUGUACAAUCUGGUUCAGUACGGUCUGGUCCAGUACAGUCCGGCUCAGUACGGUCUGGUCCAGUACGGUCUGGUCCAGUACAGUCCGGCUCAGUACGGUCUGGUCCAGUCCGGUCUGGUCCAGUACGGUCUGGUCCAGUACAGUCCGGCUCAGUACGGUCUGGUUCAGUACGGUCUGGUCCAGUACAGUCCGGCUCAGUACGGUCUGGUCCAGUACGGUCUGGUCCAGUACGGUCUGGUCCAGUAUGGUCUGGCUCAGUACGGUCUGGUCCAGUACGGUCUGGUCCAGUAUGGUCUGGUCCAGUACAGUCCGGCUCAGUACGGUCUGGUCCAGUAUGGUCUGGUCCAGUACGGUCUGGUCCAGUACUGUCCGGCUCAGUACGGUCUGGUCUAGUAUGGUCUGGUUCAGUACGGUCCGGCUCAGUACGGUCUGGUCCAAAAUGGUCUGGUCCAGUACGGUCUGGCUCAGUAUGGUCUGGUCCAGUGCGGUCUGGUCCAGUACGGUCCGGCUCAGUACGGUCUGGUCCAGUAUGGUCUGGUUCAGUAUGGUCUGGUCCAGUACGGUCUGGCUCAGUACGGUCUGGUCCAGUACGGGCUGGUCCAGUACGGUCUGGUCCAGUACAGUCCAGCUCAGUACGGUCUGGUCCAGUACGGGCUGGUCCAGUACGGUCUGGUCCAGUACAGUCCAGCUCAGUACGGUCUGGUCCAGUACGGUCUGGUCCAGUACGGUCUGGUCCAGUACGGUCUGGCUCAGUACGGUCUGGUCCAGUAUGGUCUGGUCCAGUACGGUCUGGCUCAGUACGGUCUGGUCCAGUACGGUCUGGUCCAGUACGGUCUGGCUCAGUACGGUCUGGUCCAGUAUGGUCUGGUCCAGUACGGUCUGGCUCAGUACGGUCUGGUCCAGUAUGGUCUGGUCCAGUAUGGUCUGGUCCAGUACGGUCUGGCUCAGUACGGUCUGGUCCAGUAUGGUCUGGUCCAGUAUGGUCUGGUCCAGUACGGUCUGGCUCAGUACGGUCUGGUCUUAGUAGGUGGAUCAGACCUGAUCUCACUGUGA